AUGUGUUUCUCUUGCAGCCGUCGCCAGUGUGAUUUGGAAGAUUGGGCCUUGGUGGACCGGGAGCCUCCACAUAAUACAAUCAGCAUUUAUCCCGAAGAAAGUGGACGGCUGCAGGGCGCCUACGUCAAUGGGGUGGAACAGGAAUAUCCUCAGGAGAGACACGGGGGAUAUGGAGACCAGAGCCAGUGGUCACCUCUUACGAGUCCUGGUGCCCUGAACAGGAAACGAAGACGCCAUGUGCAAUUCAGGGCCGGGUGCGCAUUAGUAACAAAAAAGCCUGUCGACCUCACUCGACGACGGAAUCAUCAGAACAUGCGCCAUAUUCGCAAUACGAAAGGAGAUGCCCUGGAAAUCCCCAGGGAUAACGGAAAGAAGACAAUCCGGGAAGAGGACGGCUGGGAGACCAAAGUGCCCCUUUUCCCUCGAGACGAUCCCUUGUACUUUAUAGCUUACAGCAACAACGGCACCACCUUCGAUUGCAACACCUUCGACGAUGAGGGCAGCAACAAGAACAACAAUGUUACCGACCCGGCCCUUUUCGCCAGGACGAACUAUGAAAUUGACGACGAAGACGAGAGCAUGUGGCAGCGGAGUGGGGCUGGACCUCCCCCGUUUACCACUACUUCUAUAUCUAGUGAUCUUUCCUUGGAUGAGGAUCUCAGCAUCAGACUGGGGGUGGGUGCGCGGUGA